CUCUGUUUGUUUACUUCUAGGGCUCUGUUCUUGAUGACAAAGAGCAACUUUCAACCUCCGAAAUUGAAAGACAAAGUGAAGUGGACAAAUAACUUCCACCACUUUGUCAAGAUGUCGCUGACGAAAAACCCAAAGAAAAGGCCAACAGCUGAAAAGCUCUUACAGCACCCGUUCGUGUCCCAGCCCCUCAGUCGGACCCUGGCCAUUGAGCUGCUGGACAAGUCCAACAACCCAGAUCACACCACCUUUAACGACUUUGACGACGAUGACCCCGAACCAGAGUCUCCCGUGUCUGUUCCUCAUCGGAUCCGCUCCACCAGCAGAAGUGCCAGAGAGGGAAAGACACUGUCUGAGAUUAACUUUGGCCAGGUAAAGUUUGAUCCACCGCUGAGGAAGGAGACAGAGCCUCAUCAUGAGACUGACCUUCAACUGGAGUAUGGGCAAGAGUCACCAAACCUACUGGGAGAGAAAAAGAGCCUUCUCAAGUCAGUGGAGGAGGAGCUCCAGCAGAGGGGCCAUGUGGCACAUUUAGAGGAUGAUGAUGAGGAUGAUGAUGGUGGUGGUGAUGAUGAUGAUGAUGAAACUCAACACAAAUCCAGUACCAUCAUGAGGCCCAAAGUCCCGCCCCCGCUGCCUCCAAAGCCCAAAUCCCUCUGCACUCCCCAGGAGAGCCCUGCCCAUGGAGAUGACGAAGGAGAGGGAGGGACCAUCAAGCGCUGUCCCCUGGUCUCCGAGAGCCCCGCCAGGCCCUCCCACGUCCCUCCGCGCCCCCCGCCCCCCCGCCUGCCCCCCCACAGACGCAGUAGUCUAGGGAACGGCUUGAACUCCUCUCAGCAGAACGGAGAGAGGAACAGUGCACCAGAGAGACAGUGUACGAUGCCCCCUAGUGUUCCCAUACGGAAAGACAAGAAGGACAUGCCGAAGCCGAUGAGCAAUGGUCUUCCUCCAACGCCCAAGGUCCAUAUGGGGGCGUGUUUCUCGAAGGUGUUCAACGGCUGCCCUCUGAAAAUCCACUGUGCAACAUCCUGGAUCAAUCCCGACACAAGAGACCAGUAUUUGAUAUUUGGUGCUGAAGAGGGGAUCUACACUCUAAACCUGAACGAGCUGCAUGAGACCUCCAUGGAGCAGCUUUUCCCUCGGAGGUGCACAUGGCUGUACGUCAUGAACAACUGUCUCCUCUCCAUAUCUGGGAAAGCCUCUCAGCUUUACUCCCAUAACUUGGCUGGCCUCUUUGAGCACGCCAGACAGAUGCAGAAACUUCCGGUGGCUAUUCCCACACACAAACUCCCCGACAAGAUGAUUCCCAGGAAGUACGCAGUAUCCAAUAAGAUUCCAGACACCAAAGGGUGCCAAAAGUGCUGCGUAGUGAGGAACCCGUACACGGGUCAUAAAUACCUCUGCGGAGCGUUCCAAUCCAGUGUGGUCCUUCUGGAGUGGGUGGAGCCUAUGCAGAAGUUCAUGCUUAUCAAGAACAUAGACUUCCCGCUGCCGUGUCCUCUGGAGGUAUUUGAGAUGCUGGUGGUCCCAGAACACCAAUACCCCCUCAUCUGUGUCGCGGUCAGCAAAGGCACCGAGAUCAGCCAGGUGGUCAGCUUUGGCACGGUCAACCCCAACUCCACCUCCUCCUGGUUCACAGAGGCCGACACGCCCCAGACGUGUGUGAUCCACGUGACCCAGCUGGAGAGAGACACCAUUCUGGUCUGCCUCGACCGGUGUAUAAAGAUCGUGAACCUCCAGGGCAGGUUGAAGUCCAGCAGGAAACUAUCUGCUGAGCUCACCUUCAACUUCCAGAUCGAGGCCAUAGUGUGUCUCCAAGACAGCGUUCUGGCUUUCUGGAGGCAUGGUAUGCAGGGGAGGAGUUUCAAGACAAAUGAGAUCACUCAGGAGAUCUCAGACAACACCAGGAUCUUCAGAUUGCUGGGAUCUGACAGUCUAGGACAGAAUACAGGCACAGAGGGGCAGACAGGGCGCGAAGCAGCAGGCAGUCAGCCCAGGGUGGUGGUUCUGGAGAGCAGGCCGACAGACAAUCCCAUGGCCCACAGCAACCUCUACAUCCUGGCUGGCCAUGAGAACAGCUAUUGAGCCAUGCCCACCUCCACCUGCCUGCCACCACACUGCAUCAUGGGCAGUGAAGCCCACGACUGACAACUACAACACUACUACUGCUACUGCUUUAGCUUCACAAGAGACGGGUUCACGUCAAAAACCUGCCUUUGUAAUUCCUUUUAACUCCAACUUUUUAUUUAUUGUGGCAUGUAACUAAGUAGACCCAGAGGACUUUUAUAAGUGAUUUCAUUUGAAGAGAAUCGAAAACAAAAGUGUUGCCACCACUGCUAGAAUCUUAGCCCACCACACAAGUGCUUAAUUUACCUCUAUUUAAAUGUUGUAAAUAUAAAUGUAGUAUUUUUGUGCAAAGAGAGGCCCUGGAUACUCAGGGGUUUGGACACUAAGGACUGCAGGAGACUGAGGCCAGGCCGUGUAGAUAGGAUGUGUGAAUAGGCCUUCUGUACAGUUAUGGAAACACACAGGGGGGGGGGGGGGGGGGGGGGAUGAUGUCAUAGAGCUGUGCAUAGCAGGUGGACUUCCUGGUUCUGUGACACGAGACAAGGAAGUCCAUUUAUACCUUCGUGGUUUGGCUUAUCCAGACAAUGUCCAGAAACAACCCUCAUCCCAACAACCUAGAUGUGAUAUUGGAGGAGGGUUGGAAGUCAUGAUUGAGGUUGUUGUUUAUUCCAUUUUGCCCUCUGAUUGGCCGGCGGGGGCUUCCAUCAUUGCCUACACCUAUCAAGUCCUCUCAGAUCUACUGUAGGGUCUAGUGGGUGUGAGUCUGGUUGGGUUUUCUCAGGCUUGGACUGAGCAGCACAGGAAGCACCUCUGGUCAUUUCAUAAUGCAUGCAUCAUCAGCCCAAAUAUGGUAACUUUCUGUCAGUUUGCUUUGACAAAACAUCAACUGGGAGAUUUCUGUUCUAACUUGAUGCGAUAAACCUUACAUUUUUAAACACUUUUAAUCGCAAACUACUUCCUAUUCUUGAUUUUAUGUUGGGUUUUUUUAAUACUGUGGCAUCACUGGUGUUAAAAUAUGCACAAAGGGUAUUUGGAGA